AGGCCUGGGUUAUUACAGAAAUCACAAGUCUGACCUGCAAAAGCCGACACUGGAAACAAAGAUGCCUAUUCUUUUUGCACUUUUCUUGUUAAUCUGCUCUCUUACUGAGGCUCAGCUUCAGCAGCCUGACAAUGAAACAAAUUCAUAUUUGAAGCCAGCAGGUUCACACGUAGAAGCAGGAAAUCCCUCAGACCACCAACAAACAUGUACACAGGACAUCAGUGAUGUGCUGAGGGAGAUGAGCGCCUCGCUGGCUGGACUGAAGGUGGAGGUGAAGUACUUACAGAAAGAAAAUGAAGCUAAAACACGAGAACUGGAGCUGCUGAAACAAGAGGACCAAGCAAAUAAAAAAGAACUGGAGCUGCUGAAGCAACAGGACCAAGCAAAUGAAAAAGAACUGGAGUUACAAAAGAGAGAGCUGGACAAGCUGAAGCAACAGGACCAAGCUAAUGAAAAAGAACUGGAGUUACAAAAGAGAGAGCUGGACAAGUUGAAGCAACAGGACCAAGCAAAUAAAAAAGAACUUGAGUUACAAAAGAGAGAGCUGGACAAGUUGAAGCAACAGGACCAAGCAAAUAAAAAAGAACUGGAGUUACACAAGAGAGAGCUGGACAAGUUGAAGCAACAGGACCAAGCUCAUGAAGGAGAACUGAUCACCAUUAAAGCCUCCGCAAACAUCACUGAAAACCAAGUGGAGGCUCUGAGGAGAGAAGGAGAAGUGAAACAAGUGGCUUUCUCAGCCUCUCUAAUGGACUCAGGCUCAGGAGAUAUUGGACCUUUUAAUGCUCAAACACCUCUGGUCUUCAGACGUAUUGUUACUAAUAUUGGAAAUGCCUACAACCCAAAUACAGGUUUUUUCAUCGCUCCUGUGAGAGGAGUCUAUCACUUUGAGUUCUACAUUUAUGGCCAAGGACAUGCUUCACAUGGUUCAGGAGCUGUGUUGUUUAAGAAUGGAGAACAUAUCUUUAUUGCAUACGAGCAUCAGUCUUCCUAUUCUGUUAAUGGUGCCAACGGUGUCACACUUCUGCUGGAGGUUGGAGAUGUUGUGUUUCUGCGUCAGUGGCAAAGUUCAAGGAUUUUUGAUAAUGAAAAUCAUCACACCACCUUCAGUGGUCACCUAAUUUUCACCAUGUGA